UCUCUCUCCACAACCCAACAAUCCCUAAAAAAACAAAACAAACCCAAAGCCAUAGAGCUCUCCAAAACCCAACGCGCGAGGUCCGCCGACCUCCGCCCAACCCCGCCCCAGGGGGCAGCGGAGGCCUCCAUGUCAAAUCCCAGCGCGCCACCGUCUCUCCCGCCUCUGGCGGCGCCUCUAUACAAGCAGAAUUCUUGGUCGCCGGAUACGUACCGCGACGAGGCGUGGCUGAGGCGGAAGGGCAAUCACGGCCGUCGAAAGAGGCGGAGCAAGAGCGUCACCGACGAAGAUCUCGAUGAGCUCAAGGCUUGUAUUGAACUGGGGUUUGGAUUUGCGUCGCCCGAGAAUGAGAUGGACAAACGGUUGUCGGAUACUUUACCCGCUUUGGGCCUCUACUACGCCGUCAAUAAGCAGUACUGCGACACCGUUUCGAAGUCGUCGUCGUUUUCUUCUACGGCCUCCGAAUCUGACACAUCAUCGCCCCUGGGCAGCCCUCGCACCAUAUUCGGUCCCGGUGACAAUCCACAGAUGGUGAAGACAAGGUUGAGACAGUGGGCACAAGUGGUUGCUUGUUCAGUUCGUCAAUCUACAUGAUCUCAUAAAUACCAACGCUUUCAAGCAAAGUGAUAAAUUGUUAUCAAAGUAACCAAACAACAACCAAACCAAGUUUAUACCGAUCAUAUUUAUAUAUAAUUGUCUUCUCCUCCACAAACCAGAGUCACACCACCAUGCCGGCUUGUAUUGGGAAUUGACUUUUUCUUUGUUUGGGUUACAGCUUUACUUUUUCUUUUUUCUGAAAUUGAUUUAGGUAUUAGAUUCAUGUUUAAACUCUGAUAUGGAAAAAAAAAAGUCAAAAGUUGUUGUCUGAUUGGA